GGCGGAGGGAGCUCUGAUUUGACUCUACAUGACAGAGAUCAGAAGAACAGGAGAACUGGAGCUCAAAGAUCUUGCUGGAUUAAAUGAACUGUAAAGAUGGGUAAACUGGUCAUACCAGUGCUGCUGCUGCCACUGCUGCUCCUGUGGCAGAGUGUUUGGUCUUUGGACAUCCCUUUGGAAGUCAAACAACCUCCAACCAUUAUCAAGCAGUCAAUGAAGGACCAUAUUGUUGACCCCAAAGACACGAUGGUCAUAGAGUGUGAAGCCAAAGGAAACCCUCAUCCUAUAUUCUCAUGGAGGCGCAACGGGAAGUACUUCAACGUGGCGCGUGACUCUCAGGUCUCGAUGCGCAGGCGCUCGGGGACGCUGGACAUUUAUGCCUGGAACAAUCCAGAACAAUACGAGGCUGAGUAUCAGUGCAUCGCUUCCAAUGAGUUUGGGUCUGCGUACUCCAACAUGAUCAGACUACGACUGUACAGAGCUCCUGUGUGGCCGAGGGAGAUUCUGGAGCCUGUGGUUGUCAGUGCCGGGAAGCCUCUGGUCUUGUCCUGUGACCCUCCACCUGGCCCCCCUAAACCUGAGAUCUACUGGAUGUCCAGCUGCACUUACGCGAGACCCUUCAACUGGCCGAUUCAGACAGCGUUCCCCACCAUACAGCCUGUGCAGCAGGACCGCAGGGUUUCCACGGGAGUCAAUGGAGAUCUGUACUUCUCCAGUGUCCUUUUUAAUGACUCUCGGACUGACUACUGCUGCAAUGCUCGUUUUCCCUAUAAGAAUGUCAUCCAGCAGAAGAUGCCUGUGGUUGUUAAGGUGCUUACCACUCGAACAGUGGCUGAGGCUGCCCCCACCUGGUUGUCUCCCUCAGGCUCAUCCAGCUCCAUCCUGGUUCUGCUGGGGGAGGAACUGCUCCUGGAGUGCAUUGCUGCAGGAGUGCCAACUCCCCAUAUUACCUGGGCCAAGGAUGGUGCAGACCUGGACGUCACGCCACGCAUGAAAAUAAAGAAUUUCAACAAGAUGAUUCAAAUCCCAAAGGCGUCAUUUGAAGAUGCUGGUGAAUACGAGUGCACCGCCACCAAUAAGAUCAGCUACAUUCAGCACACAAUAACAGUCAGGGUCAAAGCGGCCCCGUUCUGGUUGGAGAAGCCCAACGAUUUAGUCUUGGCUCCUGAAGAAAGUGGACGUUUGGUGUGUCGUUCGGACGGAGCUCCUCGUCCCACAGUCACCUGGUUCGUCAAUGGGGAACCAGUUGAAAGUGAUACACCACAGCCUAACAGAAAGGUGUCAGGAGACACACUGAGCUUCCACAGUGUGACCGCAGCAAACACUGGCGUCUACCAGUGCAAUGCUUCCAAUCAGUAUGGAUACUUGUUGGCCAACGCUUUGGUCAAUGUGCUACAUGCAACGCCGCGCAUCCUUGCACCCAGGAGCGAUUUCAUCAAGGUGGUCGAGGGCAGUCGCGCCCUCUUUGAUUGCCGUUACUUUGGUUCCCCGGUGCCCGAUUUACGAUGGUCCAAAUACGGUCAGGGAAACCUUGAGGGUAAUCGUUUUAAGACCCACAGUAAUGGGACACUGGAGAUCAAACGCAUACGGAUAGAAGACCAAGGGACGUAUUUGUGCGUCGUGAGCAAUGUUGCAGGAAGAGAUGAGAGUCAAGUCCGGGUAGAAGUCAAAGAGCCCACACUAAUUGUCACAAGGCCUCAGAAUAUGAAAGUGAUUCGUGGAAGUAAUGUGAAGUUCGAGUGUGGGGGAACAGCAGAUGUCACGACUCCUCUCACAACCACGUGGCUGAAAGACAAAAAGCCACUCGGCCUGGGCUGGAGAAUGUCUCUGGACGAAUCAAAUCUGCUCAUCAAUAAUGUAAACAGAGGCGAUGAGGGCAAUUACACCUGUGUCAUCAAGAGUGAGCUGGACCAGAAAUCGGCCUCGGCGUGGCUCAUGGUGAUGGACCGCCCAAAUCCUCCCACUAAUCUGGAGUUGUCGGAUCCAUAUGAGCGCAGCGUAAGACUCAGUUGGGUUCCCGGUGACAGUAACCACAGCCCCAUCACAGAGUAUUUAGUGCAGUAUGAUGAUGACGACUGGUUGCCAGGGAAGUGGAAGAACCUAUCGACACACCCAGGGAACCUCAACUCCGUCUACCUGCAUCUGUCACCUUUCACCUACUAUGAGUUCAGGGUCAUCGCUAUAAACGAAAUUGGAUUAAGUCGCCCCAGUCGCCCGUCCAUGCGCUUUCAGUCCAGUGGCGCACCCCCAGAUGCCAUCCCAAAGAAUCUAAAGGGCGUGGGAACAUGGAGGAAUAAUAUGGAGAUCAGUUGGGAGCCUCUGACCUGGAGAGAGUGGAAUGGGCCACACCUGAAGUAUCUGGUGUGGUGGAGAAGAAGAGAUUCUCGAGAGGAAUGGAAGAACGCCACCACUAAAUGGCUGAGAUAUUACAUAUAUGAUGCCGAUACAUUCACUCCCUAUGAGUUAAAAGUCCAGGCUGUCAAUGACUUUGGGUUGGGUCCAGAGUCUCCUGUGGUCAUUGGUUACUCUGGGGAAGACCGUCCUUUAACUGCACCUCUGAACUUGAGAGUGUCCGACAUCGAGAGCUCUCAGGUGACGGUGCAGUGGGACCCAGUGACACGUGAAACUAUCAUGGGAGAAAUAAAAGAAUACAAGGUUUACUACUGGCGGGACAGCAGCCAGCUGAGGUGGCACAGAGUGAACAGAGCAAUGAAGUCCAAAGUAUUUGCAGAUACUGGUCCAGAGCCAUCUGGAGUCGUAACUGAGCUCUUCCCCUACAGCAACUACAAGAUGUACAUCGUGGUGACAAACAAUCGUUACGAAGGGCCGCCCAGCAAUAACAUACACUUCUCCACGCCUGAAGGAGUCCCAUCUGCUCCCAGUUCCUUCAGGAUCCAACAGAGACAUCUGGACAUUAUUUAUGUCGACUGGGACCUGCCGGCAGAACCCAACGGUAUCAUCACUGGAUAUUCCCUCAAGUACCAGACAGUGAAUACCACCAGGGGGGAGGAGCUGCGAGUCGAGGAGUUCCCUCCAAAUGUAACAAGCUUCUCAGUCCGCCGGUAUGACCGCUACACUCGAUACAGAUUCUCAGUGGCGGCACGGACACAGGUCGGAAUAGGGGAUUGGCAUACGGAGGAGUCUCCCCACUACACCACAGAAAUAUAUGCUCAGGACCAGGUGGACAUUACCACACAGGGGUGGUUCAUCGGGAUCAUGUGUGCUGUGGCUCUCAUUGUGCUCAUACUUCUAAUAGUCUGCUUCAUCAAGAGGAGCCGAGGAGGGAAAUAUCCAGUGCGGGAAAAAAAGGACAUUUCAUUGGAGCUAGUGGAUGACAAAGACCAAGAGGGAUCCUUUGAUUAUCGGUCUCUUGAAAGGAUAGCACGUGUGACCACUUUGCCCUACCCUCGGAGGGAGGAAGAGAGAGGACUUCAGCGAGGCCAGCCGUCCAUGGAGGCAAUGAUGAAGCCGUCAGACAGCGACGACAGUCUGGUGGAUUACGGUGAAGGAGGUGAGAUACCAUUCAAUGAGGACGGCUCAUUUAUUGGCCAGUACACAGGAACCAGGAGGGAUGUCAGAGAUCUGGACUUUGGCGGAAGUCUGGAGCUUCACUCUCCGAUGAAUGCUAUCUACUCCAUGGCAUGAAGCUGAAAACAAACAAAAAAAAACUGGAACUGCCCGACACAGCUUUUGUGCAUUUUCAGAAAAAAAGGGGAAACUUAAAAUGGAAGUUUUUCCAUUUUGUCUUGUAAAUACAUACAAAUACGUUGUCGAUGCACACACACACACACACACACACCUACACAUACCAUAUUGUUGAACUAUGGAGCAACACUGGCUGCAAUAUUGAAAGCGACAGAAAUGGACCAGUUUAUCAUGUUGAUAAAAGACGUUGCAAGGAGCCACUGAACCUCGUUAUUGCAGCUUCCUUUGUGUCUACUAAUUUAUGUACUGAGACUGUGUUUCGUAAUGAAAAAAAAGGGUCACGCCUUCACCAUGAGGUCAGCUGAUAUCUAGUGUCAGCCUUCAGUAACUUGGUGUAUGAAAAGUCUAGUCUAUCUAUUUUUCAAAUGGAGGUCAUAAUGCCCAGCAGCCUUAAAUCAGCUAUAGAAUCUGACAGAAUGGAGAUUUAUUGGAGAAUUAUUAAUCUUUACAUAACAAUUUUUGUUUAUUUGAUCAUUCAUAUCAAGUAUGUGUUACCAGAGUUAUGCCCUAGUGUAAAUAAAUAUUUAUUUCUACCU